GGGGCCCUGAUUCACCGGCCGCUGGGCCAGGGUUGGGGGCUGGGGGUGCCCACACCGCUCAGCUAGACGGGCUUUUGGGGGGGCUGCUGUGGGUGCGAGGAGCCUGGCUUGGGCCCACCAGGCCGCCGGCAGGUGGACGCCCACGUGGCGGGAGCGCCUGGUGGCCCUGGGCCGUGUGGCCCCUGUACACGGACCGGAGCCAUGGUUUCUAAACUGAGCCAGCUGCAGACGGAGCUGCUGGCGGCCCUGCUCGAGUCCGGCCUUAGCAAAGAGGCGCUGAUCCAGGCCCUGGGCGAGCCGGGGCCCUACCUGCUGGCCGGGGAUGAGCCCCUGGACAAGGGGGAGACCUGCGGCAGUGGCCGCGGGGAGCUGGCCGAGCUUCCCAAUGGGCUGGGGGAGACGCGGGGCUCUGAGGAGGAGACAGACGAUGAUGGUGAAGACUUCACACCGCCCAUCCUCAAAGAGCUGGAGAACCUGAGCCCCGAGGAGGCGGCCCACCAGAAGGCGGUGGUGGAGACCCUGCUACAGGAGGACCCAUGGCGGGUGGCCAAGAUGGUCAAGUCCUACCUGCAGCAGCACAACAUCCCGCAGCGGGAGGUGGUGGACACCACCGGCCUCAACCAGUCCCACCUGUCCCAGCACCUCAACAAGGGCACCCCGAUGAAGACGCAGAAGCGCGCCGCCCUGUACACCUGGUACGUCCGCAAGCAGCGAGAGGUGGCCCAGCAGUUCACCCAUGCAGGCCAGGGUGGGCUGAUUGAAGAGCCCACUGGCGAUGAGCUGCCAACCAAGAAGGGGCGAAGGAAUAGAUUCAAGUGGGGGCCGGCAUCCCAGCAGAUCCUAUUCCAGGCCUAUGAGAGGCAGAAGAACCCUAGCAAGGAGGAGCGGGAGACACUAGUGGAGGAGUGCAACAGGGCCGAGUGCAUCCAGAGAGGUGUGUCUCCAUCACAGGCACAGGGGCUCGGCUCCAAUCUCGUCACCGAGGUGCGUGUCUACAACUGGUUUGCAAACCGGCGCAAAGAAGAAGCUUUCCGGCACAAGCUAGCCAUGGACACAUACAAUGGGCCACCACCUGGGCCAGGCCCUGGCACUACGCUGCCUGCCCACAGCUCCCCUGGCCUGCCCCCACCUGCGCUCUCCCCCAGUAAAGUCCAUGGUGUGCGGUUUGGACAGUCUGCAACGAGUGAGGCGGCAGACGUGCCCUCCAGUAGUGGGGGUCCCUUGGUGACGGUGUCCACACCCCUGCACCAAGUGUCCCCCACGGGCUUGGAGCCCAGCCACAGCCUCCUGAGCACUGAAGCCAAGCUGGUCUCAGCAACAGGGGGUCCCCUGCCCCCCGUGAGCACCCUGACAGCACUGCACAGCCUGGAGCAGACGUCCCCCGGCCUCAACCAGCAGACUCAGAACCUCAUCAUGGCCUCGCUCCCGGGGGUCAUGGCCAUCGGGCCUGGUGAGCCUGCGUCCCUGGGCCCCACCUUCACCAACACAGGCGCCUCCACCUUGGUCAUUGGCCUGGCCUCCACUCAGGCCCAGAGUGUCCCGGUCAUCAACAGCAUGGGCAGCAGCCUGACCACCCUGCAGCCGCUGCACCCGUCCUACCAGCAGUCGCUCAUGUCCCCCGUGCAGAGCCAUGUGGCCCAGAACCCCUUCAUGGCCACCAUGGCCCAGCUGCAGAGUCCCCACGCCCUCUACAGCCACAAGCCCGAGGUGGCCCAGUACACCCACACGGGCCUGCUCCCUCAGACCAUGCUCAUCACCGACACCACCAACCUGAGUGCCCUUGCCAGCCUCACGCCCACCAAGCAGGUAAGGCCAGGCUCUGAGGAAGCCCCCCACCCCCAGCACCAAGUCUCCGGGGCUGAGGCACCUGCCAUGUGCCUCCAGGUCUUCACCUCGGACACGGAGGUCUCCACUGACUCUGGGCUUCACACGGCCGUGUCCCAGGCCACCACCAUCCACAUCCCCAGCCAGGACCCCGCCACCAUCCAGCACCUGCAGCCCUCCCACCGGCUAAGCACUAGCCCCACAGUGUCCUCCAGCAGCCUCGUGCUGUACCAGAGCUCAGACUCCGCCAGCAGCCACGGCCACCUCCUGCCGGCCAACCACAGCGUCAUCGAGACCUUCAUCUCCACGCAGAUGGCCUCUUCCUCCCAGUAA